AUUUAAGAAAAUAAUGAACUCUAAUUUUUAUGUGCAUUAUGACCAUGUGAAACUAUUUCAAAAGCUCCGCCUUCUGGCAGCAACAUAUGAGAUGGAUUCAUCUUCGAAUGGGCUUACGAAAGACGAUACUUUGACGCUAUGGUCCUUUAUACAAGAAUAUAAAGCAUGGAUUAUGGAAACCAACGAGAAUCGAUUUCAGUUGAUAAGAGUCAGAGCUUUAGUUGAAGAUAGCCUAAACUAUCCCCAAAUAGUAGCUUUUGGGUAUUAUACUCUUAAUGCAGCAAAAAUAGAAGCAGAAAAGAAGCUUCUCUCACUUUUUAGUGUGAACGUGGUUGAUUUUAACUCUUCUCUAAAACAUCUCGAAGAAGAUCCUGAGUACAAAUCAUUACUUUAUCCAAAGGAAAAGAGACUAACUGAGGAAGACCUCACAUUUGAGCAAGAAAUAUUCCCAACUUUGGUUGAGGAAGCUGAAUAUGAACUUGAUAAUAAUUACUUUCAUCAUCUUUAUGCGAUACGAAGAUCUGAUCCAAGCUUAGAGAAUUAUUUUAUAGAUGUGAUUAAGAAAGAUAUUAUUACCAUUAUUCAGCAAGGUUUGAAACCCAAGAAAAUUGCGAAUACAAGAUUGAGCAAUUUCCCUUAAUUUAGGAUUGAUCUAUUGCUUUCAGGUCAUCUACAAGAACCACAGUGAUGACUCAACCUUUGUAGAUGCAGCUAUGAAGAGAUAUAACCUUCAGUCUAUAUUCCCUGUGUUGCCAACUAUGUAAAUUUCAGGGUAUAAACAUUUUGAUAUUUUCAAGCAA